ACGACAGCUCUGCGGCGCUGUCACGUUGCGACGAACAACAGAGUUUAGCGAAUUUUUAAAAACGUGCUCCUCGAAAUUGUGAAAGAAAACAUUAACAAUAAAUAAUGGGCAAACAAAAGGCAAUAGUGGCCGAUGGCGGCGGUAAAUUGCCAGCGAAAAAACAAAAAUUAAACGGCAAGGAAAACCAAGAACUAAACAAAACAGCAAAGAAGAACAAAAAUGUGGAAGAACAGCAACAAAAUGGAAAAGCCGCGGAGGCAAAGGUGCCGGCCAAGAAACGUAAGCUAGAGCUGAAGAAGGAGGAGGUGAAGAAGGAGGAGGAAGAGGAGGAGAAGGAAGAGGAUAAGGAAACUGUUGCAGACAAAACAACAGAUGCGGGCAACAUAAAUAAACAGAUAUUUGGUGUAUUCAACAAACUGAAGGAUAUAAAACAGGAGCACAUUAAAAAGCAUUUGAAAAACAUGUUGACGCUGCUCACAUCUGAAGCGACUGUGAACCAGAGUUCAGCAACAGGAGCGUAUUCACUGAAGCGUUUGGUGCGCUGCACAGGAGCGGAUGACAUGGAUGCGGUGGCCUUAAGUGGCAGCUAUCUGUGUGCCAUAGUCAGCAAGGUGCCUGGUGUGGAUCCCAUUGUUUUGCUGGAUACACUGAAACGCGAAUUGCCUGUGGGCAGUCAGCAGCGGGGUAAAGAGGAAUCUCUGGCUGCAGUGGGACAAUUGAUUACAGUGUUGGCCAUCAUGAAGAGCGAACAUUUCAAGCAACCCUCGGCGGCAUUGAUCGCUGCCAUUUAUCCCAUUUUAGUGGCACAUCUCAAGGGACGCGAAUACGUGAUGAACAUGUGUGCGGACAUUAUGGCCGAUUCCUUCAAGCAGGUGAAUGCUGAGAGCUUUGAGUCGCACGUUUGGCCGCUGUUGCAAUUGGAGUUGAAUAAACCACUGAGUGCAUUGAAGCUGCAUAGCUGUGAUCUAUUGCUGGCCGUGCACCUGAACUAUCCCAAGCUGUUGCCACUGAAGCAACUGGAGUCGAGUUUGUGGCGCAAGCAAGCGGAAUAUGCACAGCUCUUUGAGCUGUACAUGAACAGUGCCAGCAUCCAGGGAAAUGGACUCUAUGCGCGUCUGGGACGCUUCUUGGCCACCACAGCUGGUGGCAAGCUGCUCGGUGAUUGGCAGCAGCAUAUUGUCGAGCAGCUGCCACUGAAGCACAAUACAGCCAAGGGUUAUGUCAUACAAACACUGUCAUUUAUCUUGCUGCACUUUGAUGAUAGCAAGUCCAGCUCGGAUUCGCCGCUGGAGCAGCUGUUUGCCUCGGCGCCAUUGAUGAGCAUGUUGCUGCAGGAACUGUCGACAGCCAAGCAGCUAACUGAGAAGUCCAUGGUGAAAGCGAAACCCGCACAGCUGCAAUUGCGACACAUUUGUCGCCGUUUUGAGGCAGCGCUGCUGUUGAGCUUCAAGCGUCAAUUGAAGCAGGAUAGCAGCAAACUGGCCAUAUUGCAACAUUUGCUAGAGUUGCAACUACAACUGGACAGUGUCGUCCAAACUCCGCGUCUAACACAACAACUGUUGAGUCAACUUGGCGAACAGGGACUCCAGGGCAUGUAUAAAUUCUAUAGCGAACAGUUUACCAGCAACAAGGAGGAGUUUAGCAAAAUGCAUCGAGAGCAUUGUUUGAAGUAUAUGCAACUGUUGCUACACAAUCCACAGCUCUCGGAGCUUAAGAAGCAAAUCAAGUUUCUCUUGCCCAUCUCCAUUUUCCAUCUGAAUGAGCAACAGGAGCCUUGCAAUGCGGCUGAGGCAGCUGCCUUCAGUCGUCAGGGUGCAGCACGUUGUGAGGAGAUUCUCUUUGGUUGUCUGCUGCAUAAGAUUGGCAACAGCCACGAGCAAUUGGAGGCAUUGGUCGCACAGCUACGUGACACACUGCAACAGUUGGCCAAACUGUUAGCCAAACCGCAAAUUGAAAGCAAAUUGCGCUCGCAACAAACUCCGGAAUUGCAACAAGUUUGGAAGCAAGUACAACAAGUUGUGAAUGCUGCUGCAACCAAGGAUAAUAAACAAUCGCUGGCACUUGUAUUUGAUGCAUUGAUACUCUUCCUGGGUCUGGCCAUGUAUGCUCCUAGUUGCAAUGUCUCCAUUGAGCUAUUAAAUGAUCUGUUCAUCUGCAAACAGAAUGCGCUCAAGAAGAGCAAGAAUAAGGCUGGCGCGGAGCUUGGCUGGCAGGAUGUGCUGACGGAUGUGCUGCUGCAGUUGCUGCUGCAAACAGGACACUUUUGGCGUGACUUUGUCAACAAAAUUGGCGGUGCUUUGAUGCCACAGCUGGGCAAGGAGAACUUGGAGCAGUUGCUGGUCAUUCUGGACAUGAACAAGAAUCCGCUGGGCGACAAGGAAGAUGGCGAGGGAAGUGAAGACGAGGAGGAGGAGGAGCAGCAAGAAGAACAAAGCAGCGACGAGGAAGACGAAGAUGAGGAUGAGGAGGAGCAGGAAGAAGAUGAUGAUGCCACCAACUUGGAGCAAAUACGUGAAAAUGUACGCAAAGCUUUGCUCGAUGAGGACAACGAGCUGAAUGACGAUGCCAGCAGCGUGGAUUGGAACGAUGUGGAUGAGGCACAAGGCGAACGCCUCAAUCUGGCACUGGAGCGUGCCUUCCAAGCCUUCAAGCCCAAGGGUCAAAGCAACAAAUCGCAGGUGAAACAACAAACCAAAUCGGAGCGCAUCAAUAGCACCACUUUAUUGCAUUUCCGUGUGCGUGUCUUGGAUCUGGUCGAGCUAUUUGUGCAGGCCCAGCCGCUGCUGGAGGUGCUACUGGAUGCUCUGACCAGUGUCUAUUAUGUCUAUCAGAUGAGCAGCAAUGACAACAAGUUGCAGCCAUUGGCUGAAGCCAGCAAGAAGCUGUUACGCAAGUUGCUCAGCCAAAAGAUUACCUAUAAAUCUCCACAAGAAGAUAAACAGCCCAUUGUGGACUGCAUCAAGCAGUUCAUCUCACAGGAGGAACCGUCAACAGAUGCCAAGCCACAGCAGCAACAACAAUCGCUGAAAAAGAAGGGCGAUCUGGCGGAAUGGCGCAACAAAUGUGUCGCCUUUUUGGUUAGUCAAUUCAAUGAGCAGGAUGUGACCAAGAGUGCUGUGUGGCCGCUGCUCCAGGACUAUCUGCAGGAUUGGAUUACACGCCGCAACAGUCCACACACUUUGGCCAGCUUCGAUGCCAUCUUUGUCUCCCAAUGGACUGGUGUUCCACAAUUGGCUGUCACUUUCGCCUCGCUGCUGUCCAAGGAUUUGCGCAAUUUCCGUCGCAAUCAAAUCCUCGACUUGCUGGCCAAGCACAUUGGUCGCAUACGCAUCGCUUUGGCCAAUAACAAAAGUGCCGCCCAAGAAUUUACUAGUAUUUUGACAAAAUACGAACCCGUUGGAGCCAAGGAUCGCAAUCAGCAGACGAAGCUGCUCAAUCAGCUGAAGAAGAGCAACAAUUAAACAGCUUUGGGGGAUUCUUUUACUUUUUUUUUAAAUGUCAUUGGGUGGGAAUUUACUGAGAAACAGUAAAACUAGCGAUAAGCUCGAAAUAAAACAAGUGCUAACAAUUUCACAAAAA